CCAUGUACAGACUGACAGUGAUUGAUGUACGAUUUAUGAGGAUCCAUGCCCAAUAAUCAGCACCUACAAUCUAAGACCCUUACAAUCGUCUAAAGGACUCCAGACAGCAAACUUAAGAUACAACUUUUUCUUCAUGACAACAUCAAAGGUUAGCUUGAUAUUAUAGUUGCAUGUUGUCUUUAACAUUGUUUGUUGGCGUUGCUUUGUUCCAUAUGUUGAUAUUCAUUGGGAUUACCAAUGAUGUUUACGCUAUUUUCCUAAUUUUACUUUAUGGAAAGACUGAAAGUUUCUUGCACCACACUGCGUCAGUACUUUCUUAUUGAGCUAAGUAAGCCAGCAUGUGGCCAAGCAAAAUGGGUUCUUGCGAGCUGGCCCUGGCUCAGCUUGUUUGGUGACUGCACUGAGUUAGUCUGGCCUUGGUUUGUUAUGGGACCGAGCCAAGCUGAAUUCGAUUCAAGACAGGAUGGCUUCGAGCCUUAAUCUUUUUCUUCCAGUCCUUGCUGCUCCAUUCUAUUUAGUGUGACAUUACCUGCUCUGUUAAUCUAUUUUACUGCAGCUAAUUUAACAUCAUAUUUAUUUUCACCGUCUUAUUUCAGUAUUGUCGGUCUCAUGCCGUUACUUAGGAAGUGUAGUUCAGUCAAACCAUGUACCUUUUUCUGGCUACAAUAGAGUUCACGGAACCUCAUUCAUUUAGACUUCAGUCUUUGUAAAGUGAAUCAAGGUUCUUCCCUUAAUACACAAGAAAAGCUUUGUGCUCAUGAAGCUCCGACAUAUUCCACCAUGAAACAGCAAAGAGAAAGGUAACAACACAACAUACACUUUGCCAGUUGAGCCCUUCUGAUCUCAUGGAAUCUAUUGCCUAGUUUCCUUUUGUCCCUUUAGAAAUCAUGCCCAUGCAUGCGUGCAUAUCUCCAUGGCAAAAGAAUCCAUGGUUUCCUGGCCUUCAAGUCAUUCCAUCUCCUCUCCUCAAUUUUAUAUCAUAUUCAUAAAGGUCUUUGCAUUGGCUUAACACAGCACAAACAAACUGAUCGUUAGUGAGACGUGCAUUUCUCUGUGCAUAGGUUCUUUGUGCCACCUCUCUGCCAUGACCAUAAAUAUGCACCAUGUACCUUGAGCAACCCUCAGGACUUUUGGGGUUCAUGACUUGCUUAGUGAGUCGUGUGAAAUCCAGCACUUUUUGCAUGGACAGUGGCUUCCAGUUUCCUGUUGAUACAGGUGCUCUUCGCUCAGACUCCCAUUAUAUUCCCUAGGCGAGUGACACACUGCAGGGGAGGGAAAGAGACGGUCAGAGAGGUCUUUUCUGGGUUUUUUUUCAGCCAUGAAGAGAAAGGAGCUGAUCGUGAACGGUCUUUUGGUUCUUGCAUGGUCCAUUGGUUAAUCACAUGUUUAGCAGCAAACAAAUGGUCUUGCUCAGAGAGGAGAAGGUGGAGUCUGCCACGCCGAUCUCUACCAUGUCUCCUCCAGAAGGAAACAUGACCUUCAUCGACGGCGUGACAUGGUGCGUCGCGCGGCCAGGAGUCCCCCAGGAGGACCUCCAGAACGCGCUGGACUGGGCGUGCGGCCAGGGCGCCGCCGACUGCACACCGCUGCAGCCCGGCGGCCACUGCUACCAGCCCGACACGCUCCUGUCGCACGCCUCCUACGCCUUCAACAUCUUCUACCAGCAGAACGGCAACUCUGACAUCGCCUGCAACUUCGGCGGCGCCGGAACCAUCAUCAAGAGGGAUCCAAGUUUUGGGUCAUGCAAGUUCCUGGCAUCCGAGACUUCUGCUGCUUCAGCGCUGAUACUGAGGAGCAUGCGGAUGAUGAUCUGUGCUGCAUUUCUGACCUUGCUUCAGCUGAGAGUUUCCUAAGCUGUGCAGUACUGAGCGCCUGCAAGUGUCGGUGAGAGGGAGGGGAUGGCCUGGUGCUAACAAGAGUAACAGAGUAUGUGAUGCGAAGAUCAACAAUGCCAUGGUGGUUUGUUUUUUGCACUCUGUAAGGAGCUGGCAGUGCUACUUUUUUUCUUCUGUAAAUUUGCAAAGAUAUGUAUGUCUUAGGAGCGGUGCUUGUUUAGAAAUGCACAAUGUUUAUUUAUUCCAUUAAAGUUAGAUCUCAGAUAAAAGUGCCAGGGUCACUUCUUUUCUCCACGUUAGGUUUCAGAUGAAAGAAGCAGGUAAUUAAGGUAGAUGUUUAUACAUAUUUCGUUAAGUUGAACCUAAGCUAAUUACACAACACUAUACUGAGCAGGUCCGUACAUCAUUGGUUUAUACAUCAUACAUAUUAGUUCAUUGCCCGGACAGUGAAAUCCAUUGUGCAUGUACUUUUUUCUUUGUCCUGACAGUGAUGGACUGGCCAUCUAAAAAACCUGAAAUCAAGAAGCUCUGUAGGCCGGUUCGAUUGAGGACAA